AUGUACUUGGGCAAACCGGGUUCUUUGUACAGGCUGGGCAUAGCUACCUUUGUACGGAGGUUGACAAUCAUGCUUGUUUCGUUUGGGUUGCUGUGUCACUUCCCUUUAGGGGAGAUUUACACUUCCCUAUUUGAGGCAGAACUUCAUCCUGUGAUUUUUUGGAUAUGCAUUACGACAAGUACCUCUGCUGGGUUAGAGCAGAUUCUGCCAUGGAUGUUCUAUCAUAAAGCUAUUGGGGUUUCAACCUUUUUUCUUUUUGUGGAAGGAAGGGCUGCAUCUCCUAGUGUAUCCAAAGUCCUGGAAUCUAUUCCAGGAGUAAAAGUAAUAUACAGAACAAGAGAUCUAGAAGAGCAACAAGCAAAGAGCCGGAUCUGGAAUGAGACGUGGCUGUCAAGUUUCUUUUACAAACCAUGCAACUACGAGCUUUUUGUGAAGCAAUCUCUUAAUAUGGAGAUGGCUAUUGUCAUGGCAAGGGAUUCUGGAAUGGACUGGAUAAUUCAUCUGGAUACUGAUGAAUUGUUACACCCGGCCGGUGCUCGGGAGUAUUCCUUGAGUCGGUUGCUGCUUGAUGUGCCAAAGAAUGUGGAUAUGGAGAGUAGUGUUGAAAGUGACAACAUCAAGGAACCUUUCACCGAG